AUGAGUCUCUCUCUGUCCGCCAUGGCUACCCGUUCUGCAAUUGCGAAAAUGUUGGGCCUGGUCGUGGGCUUAGCCAUGUUGGGCCGUAGUUUGGUUACCCGGGUCGAGGCGUCCGGCCCGGAUUUUGUCCCGCUGUAUGUGUUCGGUGGUUCCCGUGGGGACAGUGGGAACAACGUUUACUUGGACACGACGGUGAAGGCCGACUCGCCGCCGUACGGGAUCGACUCUCCCGCCGGCCUCCCCACCGGCCGUUUCUCUAAUAACCGCAACCUAGCCGAUUUCAUCAGUACGUACCUUGGUUCACUACGAUGGAUUUAUUCAUUUUGGUUUCACGAUGGGCGGUGGUGCCAGGGGAACAUAAUAACGAUGCCGGAGCAAUUGGAAGCCUUCCAGCGAUACAAGGAUCAGCUGGCGGCCGUGGUCGCCGGAGGAAGAGAACAGGCUGAGCGACUAGUCAACGAGGGUGUGUUCCUCGUCACCGCCGGCGCCUUGGAUUUCGUCAACAACUAUUACCGGCUCCCUUUCUCGGCCCGCGCCAGCCAGUACACCGUCGCCGAGUUCGUCGAUCUCCUCAUCUCCGAGCUAUCCAAAAUCCUGGUGAGGAUGUACGAGCUGGGGGCUCGCCGGACGGUGGUGGUCGGAGCCGGCCCGUUCGGGUGCUGGCCGGCGAUAUUGGCAACCAGGGGCAGCGCCGACGACGGGGAGUGCGACCCUGAGCUCCAGAACGCGGCGGCUCUCUUCGACUCGCAGCUGAAUCGGUUGGCCCGGCGGCUGAACGGUCGACUCGGCGGCGUUUUCUUUGUUGCAGCCAAUUCAGUUACAUUGGCCAACGAGCUCAUCGACAAUCCUGAGGCUUACGGUAAGAAACAUAACUCUUCGUUUACAUUGGUUAUGCAUAAUACUCCGUGUAAUACUCGUAUAUGUUUCUGUACGUAUUUUAUCCGUUGA